UAAAUGGCAGAAGAAGCGUUCAUUGGUCGUCUCAUCUACAUUAAAUAUAAAAACAUGUUUCUCGAGGAAGUCUAAGCCAACAUGCUGAUUUACAGUCAUUAAACACGGUAAAGCAGAACUCAAAGUUCAAACCAGAUACUCUGAUGGUGUGAUAAGUUGCUACGAGACCAGCGUUUAAUUAUUUAUUUAUUUUUAGUUCUGCAAGUUCUCUGGCGCUGUGGAAUGAUCCCAUGGACAGAAACGUCCAAGAGUUAAACGUAAGGAAGAAGAGAGAAUCGUCCAGUUUUCAGCGAACCAGUAAGGACGUCAUUCCAAUGCAUUCCAGGCGCAUUAAACCCUCCUCGAUCUCUUUACAUGAUGGAAGGAAACUUAAGGAGUGGCAGCCGAGCUGCACUUCUUGCUUUCUGUUUCAUUUUCAAAGGACUCAGCCAUGGCUUCUCGAGUGCAAAGAGAAAGACAAGAGGACUUUCUGGAAACUCAGGAUCCUUUCAGAACGAAUGCUUUUAAGCUCAUCUCUAAAAUGAUUGAGCUGAUUAACGAAGCUCCUGGUGACACCACACAUUUACUGGAUGAGAUGCUUCACAGCAUUUUCUUUGUGGGGAAAGUCAACGAGCCGACGUUUUCUCCAGAAAGCAUCCUGAUGGAUAAAGACUUGUUAAGGAGGUUGAGGGAUUUGUUCCCUCGGGCCUUUGAACUCUUCUCCUCUCACCUACCCAGACGGAGUCCAUUUUCAUGUGUGCUGGACAUGAUUGUCCACCUGAAUGGACCAUCAAAUGAAGAAGAAAUACUCAGUGGCCUGCGGAACCUCAUCAUUGGGCUGGACCUCGGUGACUCAAGGGAGCUGAUCUCCUCCACCAUCUGUGUCUCGUACAUCACAGAUCCAGACAAGUUCUACGGAGUCUCCAUCGCCGCUCCAACUGCUGCUACUUCCGGAAAGUUCAAUCCUCGGCGCUGCGUCAUCUCUGCGUCCUGUCUCUACUACUGGGACGAGUGUGUAGCUGGUGCAGUGCUGACCUACUAUCCAGACAAUAAAAUGAAACCAGAUUAUGAUGGAACCAUCCAGCUUCCACAGGGGGUCAGGUGCCAGGCGUUUAGCCUCAAAGAGAACAGAGAGACUCCUGCGUGCAAGUCGUGUAGGAAUUUGUUUGGUUUGAGAAGUAACUCUGAGGAUGUGUCGGUCUACGGCAACUGUGCCGAGGCUGAAAGUUUGAGCAACUUGUUCAGAAAUGAACCUGAAAUCAAAGAGCGAGCACGACCAACAUCUGCCAAGUACUCAGAUGAGAAGAGGGACACAUGUAGAAAGAACAUAAGUAAAUAUCUCAAGAAUUGCCUGAAGGACAAAAAAUUUACCUGGAAGGAGGGUGAUUUUUACAUCCCCUCUUAGAAUGGGGAUACGGAGGUAUACCCUAUUGAUAGUGUAGGCAAUUCCUGUGCUUCUUUAUUAUGAUGAUUACUUUUAUGGUGAAAGUUAUCUCCCUGUAAUUAUCUACAGUUACCGGGGAGCAGGUGGUUUAAACGCUUGUUGUUAAGGAACCAGCUACUUAUUAAUGAUAAAAAUAUGAUUCAUGGCUGCCAGCUGUCUGAAUGCAAAGCAGGCAGAAGAUAUAAAGAGUUGAUGCAUUGAUCAUGUCAGUCACAAUAAAAUCAUAAAGAUUGA